CUGGACGAUUCAAACAUAACCUGUAAAUUUACAUAGAUAUUUGAUCUUGUAUUCACAAUUUUACUUUACGUUCACGUUGGAGACAUCCAAAGGAAAUUUGGAUUUGGCGUUUCCAACGUAUCAUCCAUCAUGUCGUCGAAGAAGACGUUCAAAAUCAAGCAGAAGCUUGCUAAAAAGAUGAAACAAAAUCGUCCCAUCCCACAGUGGAUUAGGAUGAGAACUGGCAACACGAUCAGAUAUAACGCCAAGAGGCGUCAUUGGAGAAGAACUAAGCUCAAGUUGUAAGCUAUGCUGAUACUGAUUAACCAUUUCCGCGGGUACUUUGACUAUUAUUCAGAUGGAUAAUAACUAUGUACAAUGUUUGAUAUUAAAUAAAACCUCAAAAAUUAAUAAAAUUA